AUGGCAAGGGUUCUAAAAGCUCGCUACUUCCCCAGGUGUGAUAUUCUGAAUGCUAAGAUCGGGAACAACCCCAGUUACAUUUGGAGAAGCCUGGUUAAACCUAAGGAUGAAAUAGUGGAUGGCUUUCGAUGGAGAGUGGGGGAUGGGGAGAGUAUAAAGGUUUGGGAUGACUGGUGGAUUCCAAAUACUAGAAAACUCUUGCCAGUCCAACAAGAUAACGAGAUCAGGGAUAAUCUCAGGGUUAGUUCCCUUAUUGACAGGGAUAAUGGAUGGUGGGAUAUUCCCAAAUUGAGAGCCCUUUUCUUUGCUAAUGAUCAGACUGAGAUUAUGAAAAUUCCCCUGAGAAAUCCUCCUACGAAUGAUAUUGUGGUGUGGUCUGAAGCAGAUAAUGGGAUCUACAGCGUAAAAACAGCAUACAGGAGUCUAUGGCAGAAUGAACAUCCUAGUGUGGAUGAAGACAACUCGGAAUCCCAAAGAUUAAAAAGCUACUGGAGGAAAAUCUGGCGUCUCCCUGUUCAACCUAAAGUUAAAAUCUUCUUAUGGAGAAUAAGCAGAGAUAUCUUACCAGUUGGGACUAAUGUGGAAAGCAGGAUUGAAGAAGCUCCGUCUGAUUGCCCCUUCUGUGGUCUUCCUGAAACCCAACUCCACUGUUUGAGAGACUGUGACUGGACCAGGCGGCUAUGGCAACCAUGCAGUGAUAACGGAAUCUUCAAGCAGGGGGAAGGUUUUUCGGGCAGGGACUGGUUCCUUAAUUCCUUUGAAUCCCACUCUAACGAGAACCUCCAAAGGUUCUGUGCUAUCCUCUGGUUCAUCUGGAAAGAAAGAUGCAACCAUAUGUUCAAUAAUAAGAAGUUGGAGGCGGAGGAGAUCAUCCCUAAAGCUCUCGAUUGGCUAUCGGAUUACCUUCAGGCUCAGGGCACGGUGUCUGCGAACAUGAAUCACCCAAGCAACCCUCAGGGCUGGAGACCUCCACCGAGCGGAUCUUUCAAGAUGAACAGCGACGCAGGAGUCUUGAGGCUGAAUGGGAUUGGUUUGGGCUGUGUGUUAAGAGAUUGGAAUGAGAAUUUUCUUGGUGCGGUAGCGGGGAAGGAAUCGGGCACAUGCAGACCAGUGGAAGCUGAGGCAAGAGCACUAGUAGCUGGACUACGAGAAGCAAAUCGCAGGGGUUGGAGUGCGUUGAUUGUUGAGUCGGACUGUAUGAAACUGAUUCAGAUGCUGGACAAAGGAGAAGAGGACCGCACAGAGUUAGAGAUUUGGUGCAAGGAGAUAAGGGAGUUGGCUUCCAUCAACGAAGCUUUCUCGGGUAAAAAGGUUGAAUGGGCUUUUGUCCCUAGGAAGUCUAAUGCUGUGGCCCACUGUUUAGCCCACUUGGAUGGUUCUUGGGAUCAGAUUUGUAUCUGGACUGAUAGUCCCCCUUACUCCAUUAGGAGUCUUCUCGAGGCCGAAAAAGCCCAAUUUGUUUGA